AUGCAAGUAAUAUUAAAUAACGUGUCAGAAACUGCAGCAAGAAUCGGACUCAGGAUCAAUGUAAAUAAAACGAAAGUCUUUUCGUCUUAUGUGCAAGAAGCUAAUAAAAUGCCUCUUUUUGUAAAUUCAUUGCCGGUUGAAGAAGUGUUUGAUUUCAAAUACCUUGGGUCCACUCUAAUACCAAAUGGACAGGCAAAAGAUGAUAUUAUAACUCGGACCACGGCAGCUAGAAAUGCUUCCUUCCGGUUUCUUCCGGUUGACGAAACCUUUAUGGAAUCGUCGUGA